AGGGAAGUCUCCGUUCCAUGCCCAUUACUGUUCCCAUGGGGUUGGCAGGUCUUGAUGUUGAGCAAGUCUGCAAAUAACUUAAAAACACAAUAGUAGGGCUUCUCUCUACCCCACCCCCACCCCAAUUUUUUUUUCUUUUCCUGCUUAUAAAUGCCUUCCUCGAGACUGAAGCUGGGCAGAACUCCAAAGGAGCAGCAGCAACAACAAGCAGCUAGUUGAUCAAAGUUAAGCUGCCAAUUGCACAACUUUGAGCAACUCUCCUGGCUGGGCUCUUAAGAAGCUGAAUCAACCUAGAAAGAUCUGAGAAGGAAGGGGCAAGCAGGAGACCUCCAUAUCCUCUCAACCUCACACAAACACACACAUCAGUAUCUCUAGACAACCAGUCAGCACUCCAGCUUUCUUUGGAAUUGUUGAUGUUAUUAAUCUGCUCGAGAGAUCAUGGCUCCCUUUGGAAGAAACUUGUUAAAGACUCGGCAUAAAAACAGAUCACCACCUAAGGACAUGGAUGGAGAAGAGAAAGAAAUUAUCGUUUGGGUUUGCCAAGAAGAAAAGAUUGUCUGUGGCCUGACCAAACGCACCACUUCGGCUGAUGUAAUCCAGGCGUUGCUUGAAGAACAUGAAGCUACCUUGGGAGAGAAACGAUUUCUUUUUGGACAGCCCAGUGAUUACUGCAUCAUAGAGAAAUGGAGGGGCUCAGAAAGGGUCCUUCCUCCACUCACUAAAAUUCUGAGACUUUGGAAAGCCUGGGGGGAAGAACAGCCAAACAUGCAUUUUGUCCUAGUUAAAGCAGAUGCUUUGGUUCCUGUUCCAUUAUGGAGGACGGCAGAAGCAAAACUAGUACAAAACACAGAAAAACAAUGGGAACUCAGUCCAGCUAAUUAUAUGAAGAUGUUGCCAUUAGACAAGCAGAAAAGGAUAGUCAGGAAAACAUUUAGGAAACUAGCAAAAAUUAAACAGGACUCUGUUACACAAGAUCGGGACAGCAUGGAGACAUUGGUACAUUUGAUCAUUUCUCAGGAUCAUACUAUUCAUCAACAGGUCAAAAGAAUGAAAGAAUUAGAUCUGGAAAUUGAGAAAUGUGAGGCAAAAUUUCAUCUGGAUCGGGUAGAAUAUGAGGGAGAAAAUUAUGUCCAGGAUUCUUAUUUACUGCCUAGUUCCAGUGAGGUCAAGCAGCAAAAUGAUAUGAAAUAUGAAGAAAAUGAGACACCUGACUCUCUGAGUGAGAGUGAAGGGAUUUUACAUCUAGAAGAACGGUUGCAAUAUUAUAGGUUGCUUAUUGACAAACUAUCUGCUGAAAUAGAGAAAGAAGUAAAAAGCAUUUGCAUAGAUGUGAAUGAGGAGACUGAAGGGACAUCUACAGAAGAAUUGGAAAAGAAAAAUUUGGAGACUGUUAAACAUGAUUUGGAGAAAAGUAUGAAAGCUGGCUUAAAGAUUCAUUCACACUUAAGUGGCAUCCAGAAAGAGAUUAAAUACAAUGACUCCUUGCUUGAGAAGAAAGCAGUAGAAUAUGACCUCCUGGCAGAGGAACUGAAUUUGAUUCAUUUCAGCAACAAAGAUGGAUGCCAAUCUAAUGAAGAUAGAGAGAAAGGACUUGAGGUUACUAGUAGCAGUGUGGCAGGAUCUCAUUUUACUCAAAGAGUAUUUACUUCUUAUACCAAUGAUACAGACUCAGAUACUGGUAUAAGCUCUACUCAUAGUCAAGACUCAGAAAGAGAUGGAGUGCUGUUGUCAACCUAAAUGGAAUGCUUGCUUCAUGAUCUACUAUCGUGUUCUUAAUAGAUACUUAAACUGGAACAUUUGAUGGUAAAAGAGAGUUGUUUCUCAAAAGAUCUUGUUUUCACUGAUUGCCACAAAGGCCAUAACAAAACCAUGUAGAUAAUUGGUUAAAGUAUGGGUAUCCUUCCCAUAUCACUAUUUCUACAAUCACAGUAUCAAUAUUUUAUGGGUCAACAUAAGAAUUAAAUAGGAAUUUUUUGAGAGUUUUGUGAAAGACAUACAUGGCAUGCUUUAAAGUCCAGUAGAUAACAUAGAAAAAGUUGAGAAACUCAUUUUUUUUAAAGCCUUACCUUCUGUCUUGGAACCAAAUAUUGGUUUCAAAGCAGAAGAGAGGUAAGGGUUAGGCAAUGGGGGUUAAGUGACUUGCCCAGGGUCACACAGCUGGGGAGUAUCUGAGGCCACAUUUGAACCUAGGAUUUCUUGUCUCUAGGCCUUGCUCUCAAUUCACUGAGAUACCCAGCUGCCCCCUGAGAAAUUCAUUUUUACCUAACAUUGACCUAUAUAUAGCCCAUGACUAAAUACUCAACCUAAAUUUUAUAUUAAAGUACUGGAAAUAUACCACAAAAGAAAAAGAAAAGCCAUAUCUCUUUGGUAUGAAAGAGAAUAAAAAAGUUUUACAUGGAUUUUCCAGAUGGCAGGGAGGCCAUGUCCUUAACUGUUGCCAUGUACUUAUGUAGUAGGUGAAAACAAGGAUGAUAAAAUGAUCUAAAUUUAAAAAAAUACCAACUUCAGCUUUAUAAGCUCUAUGAUAAAAAUGCUACUUAUUAGAAACAUUAAAACAAAAGUAACUUCAAGUAUGAAGAAAUAUUAUACAGAAUAACAGUUAUAGUUUGAGUUUAUUGAAGUUCUUUUCCCCCUUAGUUUGUAUUUCACAUGUCUUGUAAAAACUUAAAGCUUAUAAUUAUUUUGAAAGGGUAAAAAUAAUUAAAAUUGUAUAAUAAGAAAAAUAAAUGUCAUCUGUAAAAUUUUCUUCAGUGUUAAGUGGUUGGAAUUUUCAUAUCUGAAAACUUAUAUCUGCCAGAAGUUAGCUGAUUUUUACCUGCCUUCUUAAUAUUUGUUUCAUUAAUUGCUACUUAAGAUGUUCAGAACAUUCAGUUAGACUCUUCUUGACUUGUAAAAAGAGAUCUACACUGUAAAAAAGUUGAGGAGGGUUGCUGGGAGGACUUCAGACUACAAUGACUGAGGAUAAGAUAUGAGGCAACAGGGAAGCAGAGAGUAGUGCAUCAUCAGCUACACAGAAACAACUAUACUGAGCAACUCAGAACCACAGAGAAGAAUUAUGUGGCUCUCUCCCAUUUUGCCUGGCAAGGAGCCCAGGCCAAAAUCAAUAGCACACAGGCAUUCUUUGCUUUACUGAGACACAGGAAAGAACUUGAGAAAGAAUCAUAAGAAAGUUUGAUAUAGGAUCAUUGUGCUAGGGUUGGAAGGGACUUUGGGGGUCAUUUGGUUCAAUACUCUUGUUUUUAAAAGGAGAAAAUGGAAGUCCAGAGAGGAUGAGAGAUUUAACCAUGGUGGUUGACUUCACAAAUAUUUUAACCUUGAUCCUCUAGGUCCAGAAUGAGUACAUUAUUCAUUGAACUCUGCUGUCUUCGUGUAUAGCUCGUAGAGAGAGUUACAAAUUUUGACUCUUCUCUGGGUACCAAAAACAAAUAAAAAGUCAAAAAUGGGUUUCUGGAUGUGUUUACUUCACCAGUAUGGAAGAGAGCAUGAAGUCAGUCCAGAUGAGCCCUCAGCUCCAAAUCAAUAAUAUGAUGCUCCUAUCUAAAAUUUCAUUAAUUAUAUUCAGAUACAGGGGAUAACUAGGUGACUGAGUGGAUUGAAAGCGAGUUCUAAAAACAUAAGUUCAACAAAGUUCAAAUAUGUCCUCAGAUACUUCCUGGACAAGUCACUUAACCCCUAUUGCCUAGCCCUUAUUACUCUUCUGCCUUGGAGCCAGUACAAAGUAUAGAUGCUUUCAGGAUUACUUGAACUUAUUAAAUUUAAUCUUUAAUUUUCUAUUAACUAAGUGUCUAUAUUGUAAAAUGGGAACAGAAAAAUAUUGUCCCAAUAUCUAUAUGCCCUUGGGAAUGGUGUCUAGAGAACUGAUUUAACCAACACUGUUUAGCUGAGGAUUUGGUGGCUAUUGUCACUGUCAGACCAGGCAAUGUGUGUAGUUUUUCACUGGCAUGGUUUUGUUUUUACAGAGGCGUAGGAUAGAGCCCAUCAGAUUUUUUUUUUCAUAUUGAAAACAGGAAAUUUCACCAUCAUGUAUUUGAACAUUAUUUCAAGUGUUGUAUUUUUUCUUUGUCUUAGGAAAUUUUUUCCUACAUUGUCAAUUUUCAACCCAUACAAAGGAAAAUGUACUUUUUUUCUAAUGAAUCCUAUUCUCGAAUCCACUCUUUUAUCCCCCUCUUCCUCUUUCAUUCAUUUCCUCACUUUCCAAAAUAGGAAUUAAUUUUUCAGUAGUUUAUUUUGGGGGGGAGUUUUUAUAUCACCACCUUUUGGCCUGAAUUUUUCUAUUAUACACUUCAAAUUUUCUGAAUACAAAGUAAAGAAAUGAAUUAGAUACAUGUAUAUCUAUAUUUAUAUAUGUCUGUGUGUCUAUAUGCAUAGAGAGAGAUUGAGAGAGCUAGAGCAAAAAUAAAGUUGACAUGCUUCAAUGUAUUCAAGAACAAAUAUUUUGAAUGAUAAACUUAGGAAGGGAAAAUCAUAUUUAUUUGAGCUAAAAAUAUUCAUUUCAUAUUAGGCCAAUCUGGUAUGGCCAACUAGGGAUUUGGUGAGCUAGAUGAUUAGCUAUUACUCAAUCAUGUGGGAGCCUCUGUUUAUUAAUUAUGAUGACCAGGAACUGCUGUGACAAAGAAACCAAUCUGCUGGAAGUGUUUUGUUUCUCCAGGGAGAAAAGGUGAUACAAUGUGACUAGAAUAUUACUCUUUGGAGAAGUAGAAAAGAUAAUGUCUCCCUGUCUAUGUCUGAAUAUUACUUUGUAUAGAUAUGCAACUCAAAGAAAUAAUUUACUCAUGAAAAUAACAAAGGGAAGGAUUUGGUAUCAUAAUUUUGUAGGAAAACAACACUUUUAUGUAGCCUAACCUCGGUGGCAACUACUUUACAAAGUCAUACCAUUUGUGAUUUUAAAGAUAAUAAUCAUCAUGGUUUACACAUCUCAAGAGCACUUAAUUUGGAAUGAGAAAGAUUGAGUUCAAGUACUAACUCUGCUAUGUAGUAGCUCUGUGUUCUUACAUGUGUAACCUAACUUUUCAGCUCUUGAGCUUUCUCAGUUGUAAAAUGAAGGGGUUGAAAUAGAAAACCUCUGAAACCUUUUCAGGUCUAGCUCUAUCAAUGAACUAUGAUAACUCUUUAAUCUAAUCUAGUGAGAUAGAUAAUACAAGUGUUAUCAAACCCAUUUUAUGAGCUUGGAUGACAUGAUAAUGUUAACAAAGAUCUGGGAUUAGAUCUCAGGUCCUUCUGAAUCACAUGUAACAUUGAUUCCCCUAUAACAGUGAUGGCAGACCUUUUAGAAACCGAGUACCCAGACUUCAACCCUCAUUCUAUGUUUGAGCCGCCCUAUUUACUCCAGAUAGGGGAGGGAGAAAGCACUCCCACCAGGCUACUGGGAAGAGGGACCCUUGAUGUGAGAAAUGUCCUCAGGCAUAGUGGAGAGGGGAAGGAGAGCAGCCCCCUUCCUGCAGGCUCAGGCAUGCAUUUCCAUAGGUUUGCCAACAUGACCUUAUACCAUACUACAUACUUAAUGUAUAAAGGAGUCGGAUUCUGUGUCAUCACUGAUGCAUAGAGUCAAGGUUAAACAGAUAUAUUUGUUACAUGAUAAAUUAUUAGCUUGUAGUUUAGAUAUUAUGACAUGCAUGUAAAAUAUUCAAAAUGCACAUUUUUAGAACAUCAUAAUAGACAAAAGCCUCAUUCAAAUAUACUGUGACACUAUGUGUUGAAUGAAAAUUUAGCAUGAAAACAUAAUGUUAAUACAAUUUCUGGUGUCUUUAGUAAUAAUGCAGCCAAAUUUACUGAGAUUAUGUCUCUACAGAAGUAGAAGACAAAUUAAAGCUGUCUUAAUUUAUCCUCCACGUAUUUGUAAACUCUGUCUUGUUCUUCUUCCCUAUGAUUCAGAUUAUCUGUAUGUAUAUUAAAAUUUAUAAAGGAACUUUCCCUCUAGUUAUAUGUAAAAUCUAAAAUUGUAAUUAUAAUAGUACCCAGACCUCUCAAACUAUUUGCAUUUGUUUAUGUUUGAUACAAAAAAAAAAAAAAAAAAACUUGGAGAAGCCAAACCUUGUGUCAGUUUAGCAAGGUCUCUAUUUCUUAAUUCAACAAAGUUUGAUUAGGCUUUUAUUGUAUACAAACUAAGGGAGGGGAAAUAUAAAUUUAAGGAAAGACAUGAUCUUUGUCAUCAAGGAUUAUAUGGAAUUAUAAGAAGAGUAAGGCUAAUUCACAAAAAGGAUAUCCCAUUGUUAAAUACAAAGAUAACUACAAAUAGAUAAUAACAAUAAUAGUAUGGUCUUAUAAUAAAUAUGAGACAAAUGUCUCAUCAGGUGUGUCAUGAUGAAUCCAAACAUAUUUUUGAACAUAGCUGCUGCCUUUCCUCACAUUUCACUGUGAUUGAUGAAAAGGGAAAACCACCAACAAGAUUAAAUUAGACUGUAUUCUAUUAAUUGUAGACAUAGGGAUAAAUGUGUCUUUUCAUUACAGACUAACCAGAGAGAGACAAGAAAUGAAUUUAAAAAUCAAUUUAAAAUUCCCUUAAAGAAGAAUAUUCUGACAUCACUAUCCUCUGUUUUUAAGCACAAGACAAUUUCUCAAUUCCGAGGCAAGGAAGCAUUUUGCAGAAAUUUAACUCUUCCUUCAACAAAACAAAACAAAACACACAUUUAGAAUUAUCUAAAUGAUAAGUGUACUACUUAAAUGACAUGAUAUUUUCAGUGGAUGAAUUUCAUAUACUUUAGAAAUGGAAAAUGAUAUAUGAAGUAUUAACACUUUCUUUUCAAGAAUUUAUAUAUCAACGGUGUUUUUGUAUUAUAUGUAUAUAUUUUAAAUCCAGACAAGAGGAAUACAUUUAAGUGAUUUCCUUUUUCUGCUGCCAGUUAAUUAGCCAGAUGGGACAGAUUUAAACAAUAUAUGAUUUCUCCAAGUUGUAAUUGAUAUGUAAUAUUAAAGGAAAAAUUCUACUAUUUUUUACUGUUUUCUGUGACUAGACAUGAGUAAAUUUAUAUUAGUUGGCAUAUUUCUAUGCUAAGUAAAACAAAUUAUUUUAAUAUUUGUUCAUUAACUUCCUGAAUAUUUUCCCUAAUAAUUUAUGUAGUAUAUGAUAUAUAUUUCCAUUACAUGCUUUUUAAAUGUAUCAAAAUAAAUAUGAAUUGACAUUAUUUUUCAUUAGAAUUUUCA